CCUCUCCCUCUCUCUCUCACUCUACCUACUCUCCCUCACUACGCUUCCCAUACAAUUCUCUCCUCCCCAUACAAAAAAGUACUGCAUAUCCGCAUCGGCCAAAACUGCCGACCUCAAAACAUUGCUCUUGAUUUUCUUUUGAGUCAAUUGUCGGAUCACAUCAAAGAUGCCUAAGGAGAAGACCACACGUAAGACCAAGGGUACCCGCGUCGAGCGCAAGAAGAAGGACCCCAACGCACCCAAGCGUGGUCUCUCCGCGUACAUGUUCUUCGCCAAUGAUAACCGCGAGAAGGUUCGCGAAGAGAACCCCGGCAUCUCUUUCGGUCAGGUUGGCAAGAUGCUCGGUGAGAAGUGGAAGGCCCUGAGCGACACUGAGCGCCGUCCCUAUGAGGAGAAGGCUGCCGCCGACAAGAAGCGUUACGAAGACGAGAAGGCGAGCUACAACGCCCAAGCCGAGGAGGAUGAGGAAUCUUCUUAAGCUGUUUCUUCCCCUCGCAGGUCUUGUAAAUCUUGACCGAUUGGCGUUUCGUGUUGUUUAUUCCCGCUAAUUGCCUGACUUGUAUUUGUCGCCUCUUAUGUUUCCUUUUACUCGAUGGUUUCUGGUAUGGGAUGACGGUGGUUUCUCCUUGCUUUUCUGUUCAUGAAGGAUCUUCAAUGGGACAUGUUUACUGUAUGGACUGGCGGCUUUGGGACGAAUUUGACUUAAAUCGAGGGAGCCCGGCGCUGUAUACCAGAUCGGCGGGAGAACCUUGUUUUGAGUAUCUAUGGUGAAAUAUGAAUUGAAGCUGUUGAGGCAAGCAAAAUCUGCUGUACACUAGCCUAAUCAACCGCAUCCUUACCUU